AUGUUUUUUCAUAUGUUGAAAGUAGAAAAAGUUAUCCCUAAAAAAGAUUUUAAAAAAAAUACACUUAUUUCUUUUAUAAAUAAUGACAAAUUUUUUAAAAUAGUUCGAAGUUUUACCGAAUAUCAUACAGAAGAAAAAAUUAAUCUACCAAGGUUAAAACUGAGAGGGUUGCCAUUUAAUGCAUCAGAAGAAGAAAUAAAAAAUUUCUUUAAAAAUUUUCAAUUGUCAAAGAAAAAUUACCCUAUUCAUAUAAUUAAGGGAGUCAAAAACAAGCCAACAGGUCAUGCGUAUGUCUAUUUUGAUGAUGAAGAAGAAGCAAGGAAUGCUUGUAAAACAUUAAACAGAAAAUUUUUAAGAGAUAGAUAUGUUGAAAUAUACAUUGAUUACGUUUUCAAUCAUAAUUUAACACCAACUAAAGAUCACGUCACUACAUUAAUGAGGGACAGAUAUAAAAAGGACAACCAAUAG